ACGAUAGAGUUACUUGGAACCUAGAAUACUUAUAGAGAUUAAACUUAUUACCAAUUAAGUUCUUGGUUUUAAGAGUAGAUCUCACAGCACUUGUGUAUAUUAACACCAACCUUCUCCUUGUAACUUAGCUUUUAGCAAUGGCGGAAAUAGUACACGAUCUUUUCCCACCGAUUAGAGUUUACAAAGAUUGUCGAAUCGAGAGGAGGCUGAUGGGUGAAGGUUUUGUCGCACCUGAAUCGGAUCCUGAAACUGGAGUACAAAUCAAAGACAUUGAAAUUGAUCCAGAAAUUAACCUAUCAGCAAGACACUACCUGCCCAAAAAUAUAGACCCAGUUCAGGAAAUUCCCCUUUUCGUCUACUUUCACGGCGGCGCCUUUGUAAUCGAAUCUGCUUCUUCACCUACCUAUCACAAGCAUCUAAGCAUGGUAGCAGCUGAAGCAAAAGUCGUCAUGACCAUUUAAAUCCUUUUAGACAUUAUUUCAAAAUUGACGUUGAGCAAUUACAACCUUCGCUAAUAUUUGAAAGAACUUAAGCAUCUGACUUAAAAUCUUAAAACAUGGUCUAAAAACACAUAGCGCCUGUUUGGAAGGACAAACAAGGACACUCUGCUAAUUAGAUUUGAUAUAA